AUGGGCCCAGGCGCAACGGCAAUGGAACCUUCAGCCGACACUCUCGAUGGCUAUUCGAUGGAGGGUAUGAUGGUUGCAAACUCCUCGUGCUACCCGAUUCGGACGGACUGUCUCACGGCGUUGACGACAAUUGACCUCCAAGCCUUUUGGUACAAUCAAAUCCCCUUUAUAUUGUGA